GUGCGCUUCGCAGCAUAAGAUAGCAAGGGUCGGUUUAAUUGGCUGGGUUGAAAAACACAAGGUAGCGGAUAUUGUUGCUCCUCUUCCAACCCAAGCCCUGUUUGACUCACAGCUUCAUUAGCUAUUUUUCAUGGCGUCCGACAAUCAUUGAAAUUAGGGUUUUCUCUGCGCACACACUUCAUCAGCAAACCAUGGUCUCCCUUUCGGUCUCGACCCCUAAUUUCACCACCCCUUUCGUCGGCCAAAAACUUACUUUUCGUGCAAAUACAAAGAAGCUGCAAACAUCUUACUCCCCUGUACGAACCCCUAGAUGUGCUGCCGAUACAUCUUAUGGAGGUAAUGUUCCAAAGUUCCCUCGAACCAGCAUAUGGGAUCCCUAUAAACGUCUUGGUGUAAGCUAUGAUGCUUCUGAGGAAGAAAUUUGGGGAUCACGAAAUUUUCUCUUGCAGCAGUAUGCUGGACAUGAGAGAAGUGAAGAAUCAAUUGAAUCUGCUUUUGAGAAAAUCUUGAUGGCCAGCUUCACACAGAGGAAGAAAACAAAGAUUAAUUUGAAGAGCAAGUUAAAAAAGAAAGUUGAAGAGUCUCCACCUUGGGUUAAGAAUCUGCUCAAUUUUGUGGAAGUUCCACCUAUUGAAGUCAUUUUCAGAAGAUUGUUCCUCUUUGCAUUCAUGGGUGGCUGGAGUAUCAUGAACUCAGCUGAAGGUGGACCUGCUUUUCAGGUGGCAGUGUCCUUGGCAGCUUGCAUAUAUUUCCUCAAUGAGAAGACAAAGAGCUUGGGCAGAGCUUGCAUUUUUGGGCUUGGAGCUCUUGUGACUGGCUGGGUAUGUGGUUCGGUUUUGGUACCCAAUAUUCCGUCAAUGCUAUUACACCCAACUUGGACUCUCGAGCUUGUAACGUCACUCGUAGUAUAUGUGUUCCUGUUUCUUGCUUGUACCUUUCUCAAGUAGUAGAAGUCAAAACUAUUUUGUCAGGUUUCAUCCUUUAAGAUUAAUGUGUAUCUGAUAGUUGUGAACUGAGCCAAGCUGUUUGUUUCAUUCAAAUGAAUUUUGAGGCCGCCACUUGACUGCUCUUUAUAUAUUGAGUGCUCAGAAAAUUUGGGAAGAUUUGCCGUGGCAUCCCAAACGAACGUUCGUUUGCGACAGUCAAUUCAAGUGGCCUAAAUUCUUUUA